UUCCUCUAUAUGUGCUCGCCCCCUAACCCUCUCCCUUACUCUUAGCAGACACUCUGCUCUUUCUUCUUGGCUAUAAACUCAAGCCAAUUACAAUUGGGCAAAACAACACCUUGGCCAAGAAAACAUCUCUUCUUCUCAGGACACACUUCACUUACUCUCUGUCUUUGAAACUCUACGUUCUCUGCAUCUGAAGAUUGGAACUUUAGCCUCCUUGUGAAUCCUUCAAUGUUUUCCUCCAGUCAGUGAAGAACCAUCAGUCACACCCAGCCCUCUUUGUAUCAGCAAAAAACCAUAUGGAACUCCAAAAGCUAUCAAAUGGUCACCACCAUGGCUUCGUCCCUUUGGAAAAUGGUAUCCCGCGGGCGGAAGAGGAAGAGGAGAUGUUACCACAUAAGAGUGAUGGGACCAAGAAGCCCCAGUUUACAGAUUUUGAGGGGAAAACCUCUUUCGGAAUGUCCGUCUUUAACCUCAGUAACGCCAUAAUGGGGAGUGGAAUUCUGGGACUGUCGUACGCCAUGUCAAACACAGGCAUCGUUCUCUUUAUAAUCCUAUUGACAUGUAUCGCCUGUCUGUCCAGCUACUCGGUUCACCUCCUGCUUAAGAGUGCUGGAGUUGUGGGUAUUCGUGCGUAUGAACAGCUGGGCUUCCGGGCUUUUGGACACCCAGGAAAAAUAGCAGCAGGUGUCAUUAUAACCUUUCACAACAUUGGUGCAAUGUCCAGUUACCUCUUCAUUGUGAAGUAUGAGUUACCUCUGGUCAUUCAAGCCUUCCUGGGCUUGUCAUCAAACACUGGAGAUUGGUUCCUGAAUGGGAAUUGCCUCAUCAUCAUCGUCAGUGUGUGCGUCAUCCUCCCACUUGCCCUGAUGAGACAACUGGGGUAUUUGGGUUACACCAGUGGCUUCUCCCUCACCUGCAUGGUCUUUUUCCUUUCCUCGGUCAUAUACAAGAAGUUCAACAUCCCCUGCCCCCUGGUGCCAAAUGGCAGCAAUCACACAACAAUUAUCAACACCACCAUGGAAGAGGAGGGACAGUGCAAAGGCAAAAUGUUCACCAUAAACCAGGAGACGGCGUAUACCAUCCCCAUCUUGGCGUUCGCCUUUGUUUGUCACCCUGAGGUGCUUCCCAUUUACACUGAACUCAAAAACGCAACCAAGAGGCGCAUGCAAGGGAUUGCUAAUGUGUCCAUCAUGGGCAUGUUCGUCAUGUACCUCCUCACUGCCAUCUUUGGUUACCUCACCUUCUACGUGAACACGGAAUCUGAGCUCCUGCACACCUACAGCAAAGUGGACCCUCUGGACACCCUGAUCCUGUGUGUGCGUGUGGCCGUGCUGGUGGCAGUCACCCUUACUGUCCCUGUGGUCCUCUUUCCUAUUCGCAGAGCCAUUCUCCAGCUCCUGUUCCCAGAGAAACCCUUCCACUGGGCACGCCACAUCACCAUCGCCCUGUGUCUCCUCUUCGUGGUCAACGUUCUUGUAAUCAUUGUGCCCAAUAUCCGAGAUAUCUUUGGCAUCAUUGGGGCCACCACUGCACCUAGUCUGAUCUUCAUCCUCCCAGGAUUAUUCUACCUCCGCAUUGUUCCCACCGAACAAGAACCAAUGAAGUCAAGACCAAAGAUCACGGCUGCCUGUUUUACAGCCAUGGGCUUCAUCUUCAUGUCUAUGAGCCUGACGUUCAUCAUCAUCGACUGGACGACCGGAGAGAAACGAGCUGGAGGUGGCCAUUAGAGCACAUCCGUUGACAUAGGGGUCCAAACGCCACACAGCAGCAUGCCCUGUCACCGUGCCACUUCUUGAUCACGUCUGGAUUGUGAGAAGGAUCAAACACGGUCAAAAGGCUGGACCCACAUCAUCAUGAGUCUUACCAUACCUGCGUCAUGCAGACGUAACUCUGGGUCUUCCUUUCCUGUGGCGGUCCUCAUGAGAGCCAGUUUCAUCAGAGUGCUUGAUGGUUUUUGCGACUGUACUUGAAGAAACUUUCAAUGUUCUUGAAAUGUUCCGCAUUGACUGACCUUCAUGUCUUAAACUAAUGAUAGACUGUAAUUUAUCUUUGCUUAUUUGAGCUGUUCUUACUAUAAUAUGGACUUGGUCUUUUACCAAAUAGGGCUAUCUUCUGUAUACCACCCCUACCUUGUCACAACACAACUGAUUGGCUCAAAAGCAUUAAGAAGGAAAGAAAUUCCACAAAUUAACUUUUAACAAGGCACACCUGCUAAUUGAAAUGCAUUCCAGUUGACUACCUCAUGAAGCUGGUUGAGAGAAUGCCUAUGUGUGCAAAGCUGUCAUCAAGGCAAAGGGUGGCUACUUUGAAGAAUAUAAAAUAUAUUUGGAUUUGUUUAACACUUUUUGGUUACUACAUGAUUCCAUAUGUGUUAUUUCAUAGUUUUUAUGUCUUCACUAUUACAAUGUAGAAAAUAGUAAAAAUAAAGAAAAACCCUGGAAUGAGUAGGUGUGUCCGAACAUUUGGCUGGUACUGUAUAUGUAUGUAAAUUGUGUUUAAGGACAGUAUAUGAAUAGAAAAAGUGUGUACAGUAGUAGCUAUAUAUGAUGAGCCAUGACUAGAAUACAGUAUAUACAUAUAAAUUGUACAUAUACAUAUAAAGUGGGUAAAACAGUAUUUAAACAUUAUUAAAAUGACCAGUGUUCAA